AUGGCCAGCUUGACUCGAUCUGGACCCGCUACGACGCUCAGAACUGCACUGCGCCAGCCGAACCGCGCCUACGCAGUCCCUUCCUUCGCACCAGCCUCUGCCAGUCCGUUCGCCGUCUUCGAUCGCCAGCUCAAGCGCGCACAGCGGGACAGGGCUGCACGAAACGUGGAGAGGAGCAGGCUGACGGACUAUGUCAAGGACGACGUCGCCCAGGGAAUGGUCGAUCGUUUGCUCGACAUUACACGGCGGUACCCAGUCGUCCUCGAUGUCGGUUCCGGACCUGGUUACCUCGCCAAGCACCUCGACCCGGAGAUUACGCAGAAGGUUGUCAUGAUAGACUCGUCGAAGGAGAUGCUUUACCGGGACAAGGAUGUCGAGACAGAGGUCCCCGUCGAGCGGAUCCACCUUGAUGAGGAGCAGCUCUCAUCGCACUUCGAGGAGAACUCUUAUGACUGCGUCAUGUCCUGUCUCUCAAUGCACUGGAUCAACGACCUGCCCGGCACGCUCAUCCAGAUCAAGCGGACACUGCGACCAGACGGCGUCUUCAUUGGCUCGAUGUUCGGCGGCGACACGCUCUUCGAGCUGCGAACGGCUCUACAACUUGCUGAGGUCGAGCGAGAAGGCGGCAUCUCGCCGCGAGUAUCGCCUAUGACCGACUCGCAAUCUGUCACCUCCCUCCUCAACCGCGCCGGUUUCUCCCUCUCGACCGUCGACGUCGACGAGGUCCAGAUCGCGUACCCUUCCAUCUUCGAGCUCAUCGACGACCUCAAAUGGAUGGGCGAGGGGAACGCGGUGGUCAAUCGGAGGAAGCGGCUGGAUCCGGAAACGUUGUUGGCGGCGGGCGAGAUCUACAAGGAGCUGCACGGCCUUGAGGACGGCUCCAUUCCCGCGACUUUCCAGAUCAUGCACAUGAUUGGCUGGAAGCCCGACCCUUCGCAGCCCAAGCCGGCGAAGCGAGGAUCCGGCACGACCAACUUGGCGGACGUGAUUGGCGACGAGGGCCACAAGCCGUUGGGCGACUCUUGA